AUGCCGCCCCGCCCAGCACUCCCCCGGGUGAACACCCUGCGCCAGUCGCUUCGCGCGCUGUCCAGCACCCCCGCUGUCGCUGCCGAGUCUUCAUCGGCCGCCGCAUCGUCCUCCACCUCCACCAUGUCUCCCUUUGGCUCGCUGCCCCCUCUCCUCCCGGCGUCGACUGAGCGCGUGCUCCCCACCUCGACCUCUGGUGCCCUCCGCCUGCUCCGCGAGCAGACCACCCCGUCAACGGGAAUCUACCUCGUCGCCCGUCUCCACAGCCGCUCGUACCUCCUCCACCCCCGCGACGUCCUUACCCUCCCCACCCUCAAGCCCAUGCAGGCUCCCGGAACCACCCUCGCCCUCACGCGUAUCCUCGAGGUCGGCUCGCGCGACUUUGCCAUCCGCUCGCCCGCCGCCGAGGGCAAGGAGCUCCGCAAGCAGCUGCCAAAGCUCGCCGGUGUCGACAGCAGCUUUGAGACCAUCCCCCCCUGGGUCGCCUCGUGUGAGCUCACCGUCCUCGAGCACACCAAGAGCCCCCUCACCCACACCAUCCUCAAGAAGCGCAGGAAGGGCUACAAGAAGACCAUUCAGAACAAGCAGGGCUGGACACGUCUUCGCGUCGGCGACAUUAUUCUCGGCGACGGCGCUGCCCCUGCCGAGUCGGCGUAA